GUGACGCGGGGUGUCACGUGAUCGAGUCUCCUGGAGUAGAAGUCGCGCCAGUCGCCACUGUCUGGGUACCAGCCCCCUUUUACUCUGCAGGCAUGUGAAGAAGAAGAAAACUAGCUCGGAUCACACAGACUAUCUUCAAUGAAGAGGGAACAGUGAGAGCAGAAACAAGGGAAGAAAGAGAAUCCACCUGACUUUGUUAAAGAUUCAUACAUAGAAUUACAGAAACCUAGCAAAGGCAGAAGACUACUACCCUGCACAACUCAUUCUGUCACUAAGAGACUUCUUCAAUCAGGUGGAGCAAGGCACUCGCCCAUCUUGUCCCAAGACUGGCACAAACUUAAUCAUGGGCCGGGCCCGGGAAUUGGGUUGGAUGGCAGCAGGACUCAUGAUAGGGGCUGGUGCCUGCUACUGUGUUUAUAAACUGACUCUAGGAAAGGAUGAUGAUGACAACUCUGAGGAGGAAGAAGAUGAAUGGGGGGAUGACCAAGAACUGGAUGAGGAAGAGCCCAAGAUUUGGUUUGAUUUCACAACUAUGGCUCGACCCUGGAAUAAGAACAGGGAUUGGACAAAACCUGGGGCCCCAGAUGGCACUGAGGACAGGCCCUCAGGGGGAGGAAAGGCAAACAGAGCACACCCAAUGAAACAGCGGCCAUUUCCCUAUGACCAUAAAAACACGUGGAGUCCUCAAGUAUUUAAAAAAAUCAGUCGUGUUCUUGAGCUGUCCAAGUGUCCUUGCAAUGCGGGAAAAUUGUGCGCUGAGCCCAAGGAUGCUGUUUCUUCACGUGGCUACGAUGUCAGUAGACAUUUAGCCUGCCUAUCAAUCACCAGAAGCACAAGCCCCACUCCCCACCCCACUGUUCAGAAAAAGGCUUGGUGUGCCCCUGAUAACCUGAAUGGCAGUAUUGAAAAUCAGGGCCAGAUUAAGAUGUACACUGAUGAAGUGUGUCAGGAGACUGUGUCACCUUGCAGAGACUCAUUACUGCAGCAGGACGGAUUAAAUUUGUUAAUAAGCAUGACAGUUAUUAAUAACAUGCUUGCCAAGUCCUUUUCAGACUUGCAGUUUCCUUUGAUAUCCAAGGGAAGUGGAUGUGCUAAGGUUCAGGUUUUGCAACUGCUGAUGGGUUUGUCUGAAAAGCCAGCCUUGGCGGGGGAGCUGCUGGGUGCCCAAGUGCUGUUCCCAUUCAUGAUAAACAGAAGCGGAAGUAGAGGAAUUCUGCUGGAAACGCUGGCCCCUUAAGUGUCCAUUUGGAGCAGGGGACUGAAUGGCCCCUAAACACCCUUUGGUUUGCAGAUGUCAAAGAAUCCACACUGGGUGUUACUGAAGAGUCAGCCUUGGCCAGUCACCAGGCACUGGAUGAAUGUUCCAGUCUCUAAAUCAAGGACUACACUCUCAUUGGCCAGACAGGGGUUCCCACAGCGCUUUGGGUAACUUCUGGGUUUUGCAGUCUGCAGGCAAAGGGCACUGAAAAUUACUUACUCCCUUGUAGCCUUCUUCAGGCUGUAAACAGGUUGGGUUGCUAUAGCCUGCCAGCUGUGGCUAAAGAACAUCAAGUUACAGCAUCAGGAGUGCAACUAUUGCCUCGGGUGGUUUCCCUGUCUAAACAGGACCACUUCACAGAGACCAGAUUCAUACAGGGAGCUUGUGCUGUAAGUGCGUUUGCUGCUGCUUAGAUUGAAGCGUUUUUCCUUUACUCUUUUUCUGACACCAGCUGAUGGAUGACAAUGAAUCUGCUCAUCCAAAAAGUGCACUCCCUUCUAUCCAUACUACUGACUUAACCUCCUCCCCCAAAGUCUGCAUCGGUGUGUAUUAUCAAUAAACUUGUGUGGUUUGACUGGCAAAACGAA